AUGGCAUCAGGUCCAAUUGGUAGUGGAAUUGCUAAAAGUAAACAACCAUUAAGAAAAUUAUUAACAAUAGAUCCUGAAAAUGCAGGAUUACUAGGAAUACUUGCGGGAGUUGUUGGUAUAGCAGGUUACACGUUGGGACGUAAAGCAACUAAUACACCUAAUAAUAAAAAUGUACAUUUAGCAAAAGACCAACCUUUUCCAUGGCAUGACAAAGAUAAGGAUAAUGAAAGCAAUGAUAAAAAUUACAAAUACAGAUUUCAUAAAUCCGCCGAUCCUGAACAAGAAAUACUUGAAGCACCAAAUGCAAUGACCACAACUAAAGUUCAAGUAAAAAUGCCAAAUGAAAUGGCAGAAAAAAUUUCACCUAAAUUCUUUGAAGAAAAUCGAGAAAAAGUAUAA